GAGGGCGCUGAAUUAAUACAAAAUGUCUGCCGAUGAAGAUACAGAAUUGCGGGACUUGGUAGCCCAAACACUUGAAAACAAUGGUGUUCUUGGCAAAAUAAGGGCAGAAAUUCGUGCCAGUGUAUUUCUUGCUUUGGAAGAACAAGACAAGGUACGCAAUAAGACACCGUUUGUCAACCAAGAAUUAAAGAAAUUCCUGGUAUCAAAAGAAGGCCAAACAGCAGCUGCACUUGUAUAUGAAUUCCUGGACUACUUCAACCUUGACUUCACUGUUGCGGUGUUUAAUCCUGAAACCAAUUUUUCUGAUAAGUAUGAAGGAAGGGAAAAAUUAGCAAAAACACUUGAUCUUAGCGACAACGAGAAGAGCAGAGCAAGGCCCCUGAUAUGUGAGCUGCUGAAAAAGAUUUCCAAAGAGCCAGUGUCAAGGAGCAAAGAUGUUACAAAUGUUGAGGAAAUUAUCCUACCAAAGAGGUGUUCCAUCGCACCACAUUCGGAUUUGACAUCAAAGCAAGUUUCUGAUGCGCAUAAAAAGUUUGAAUAUUAUGAUAAGGAUAAAAAUGGAACCAUUGACAAAGAUGAAUUAAGAAACCUUUUCAUUGACAUAUUUCCACAUUUUCACCGAAAUAUGUUGGAAAGAUAUGUGAAUGAUGAGUUCAAAUCAGGUGAUCGUGAUUUCAGUAGUGGUAUUGACUUCGAUGAGUUUUUGGGAAUGUACAAGCGCCUCUUUGUUCUCUGUAAAAGUGUUGUGUCGCAUGAUGUCUCAGAAAUUCUGCCGGGUUCUCCGAAGUCUUUCAGUAGUCCAAUAAAGACAGCCAGUUUAGAUGAGCAGUCAAAAGACAGUAGCAACAUGAAGGAUGAUGGUGCUGGGAAAAAAUUGAAUGGUAUCAAAUCAAGAUCUUUAUCUGGCUCAAGCCUUGAAAGUGACGAUAAUGAUGACUCAUUCUUUGACACGUCACCAAGACAUUCCAAACCCACUAGUAUUCCUCAACCCAAGAAGAGCAACAGUCCACCAUCUACACCACCAACUAGUCCCACCACUAAGCCGAAUGGAUUAACCUCAUUGGGAAACGCUCCACCCAUUGGUGGAAGUGGCAUGGGCUCCUUGACUGGGGCGCCACCAUUGUCUGGAUUAGGGGGAAACAGAGGUGCAUCUAGCCCAGAUUGGAAGGACCUACAUGAUAUUAAUAAGGAAAUUGGCAAACUUAGUUACAAUACUAAUAAAGAUGAUUCCCAAGAAGAUGACUAUGAUGAUGAUGAUGAUUAUGAAGACGAUUUUCAAAGUUCCCAAGGCAGUCGCAGUCAAUCACAAAGCCAUGGAGGACCAAGAAGCUACAAAAGCUCUGAAGCUAAUAGUAUUAUUGAGGACCUAGAAGUACCAGAGGAUGUGUCAGAUGAUAUUGACUUUUUUAACAGCAGUCAAGAAAAGUUUGAUGAUCUAACUGCUGAUAGAUCAGCAUCACAGCUCAGUCAAAGUGGAAACUUUGACUAUGUAGAAGAUGUCCAGUUUACUUCAUGACAAGAACCAGCACAAAGCUUAACCUUUGAUACACUACUUGCUGCCAUUUCUAAAAACUAAAUUAUUUGUUUAUUCUAUCCAUUUGUCAUUUUUUAAUAUAAUGUAAAUAAGUCCUCCUUCUCCCCCAAAAAUUAAAAUGUGGUUUGCUCGGAGCUGUUGUUUUUUGGGCUUGGCUGUUGACUGCUUUUCCUCUUUAUUACAUCAAAAAGUAAUUGAACUCAGCUAGUACACGAGGCGAUUAAAUCUUCUACACCAGUUAUUACUAACGUUAUUAAUAUAUCAUUCAGCAAUCAUGGGAUCUUUGAUGCUCCAAUUUGACGUGGCAUGGGGAGGGGAAAGCAAAUCAUAUUGGACCCUUGAUGCUGUAUAAUUAAGUAGGGGAGGAUGGUGCCAGCAUGGCACGAGCCCAACUGUUGGGGAGUUGCUGUAAGGUCUGUCAGAGGAAAUAUAAUUGGAAUUAUUUUCAUAAACCAAGACAACUGUCCUCAUAGUGCCAUUUUUUUGGCAUCUAGGGGUGACCUAACCUUUUUUUUUCUCCUCAGCCCCAACCAUGGUGGGGGUGAUUGUGUGUGUGGCCCAUCUUCCAAUUCAAGCACAGUUAUUACAGUUAUUUAUAUCAAUGCCAUGAAAACCUUAUUUAUUGUUUAUUAUUAUUUUAGUCUGUAUAUAAAUCUUCUACAGAAGUGUAGUGACUUGAUAAAUUGAUAAAUAUUUUGUUGAAAUAUAUGAGGUUAGUAUCGGUGUCCAUUAAUGUUGAAUGAUCAGGGUGGGUUAUGAGUGUCCCCUAGAUGGGUAUCUACUUACAGACGGUAUGUGUGUCCACUGGAGUAAAAAAGCAGUUAAUAUUUAGCCUGCCUCGUAACAAUGUUCACAGGAAACGUUUAUAUUAAUGAGAGAGUGAUUUUUUUAAGUAAAUGCCUAUGUAUUUUUUCCAAAGUAUAGAUUUUAAUACUAAUGCAUUAACAUUAUAGAAGAAUGUGCAGUGGGAGAUUCGGAAGUGGGGCCAGUCAACCUGGGGCCAGCCGGCAUGGGGCCCCCACAAUUUUUCAAAAUUAUCUUUUAAAAGAAAUUUUUAAAUAUUCAAAUUUAAAUCUGAGAGUGCCAUUUCUUUUUAAAUCUGAGAGUGAAAGUCCUUGCUUGGGCCCCUCUAUUUAUGGUAGGUAUCUACACUGUGGGCAACUUUGACACUGCCAUUGUUAAAAGUUUUUCUCAGUGUUUUCAAUACUAUAUAUCAGUGGUGGCGCCAGAGGGAGGCCUAUCCCGUCGGGGAAGCACACCCCCUCCCCCGUUGGGGAAGACGAUAGGUUUUGUCGGGGAACAAACAAAUUAAAAAAAAAAAUAUUUACAUGUAA